UCGUAAAAUGUCGUAAAAUUGUCUUUGAUUUUUUCGCCUCCUGCCGUUUGAAAGUUGAUAUAUUGUUAUUGCAUUUUAUUCGGACAUACUUAAUUGUAGUCCUUGCUCCUUACUUUCAGGAAUAACAUCGUGAUAACUCCCGAGUUGCGGAACAGUGUUCAUAACGGUAACGUGAGAUUUCAUAAACAUUCUUGAUCCGUUUACUUCUUCGAGGUAUCAUCAGCGCCGUGACAUCUGAUCCUCGGAGCUGACAGCGCUGAGACUAUCUGCAUUUGCCUCUGGUGUGUGAAAAGAUCUGAGCCAUUCGGAAAUGGCUCGCUCUAGCAAAUCAAAUGGCCAUGGCGAAGAGAUUCUGUUGGUGAUUGAACAAGUCCGCCAUCAGAAUCAGAAGGGCUCCCUGUACAUGACAUCGCAGAAUCUUGCUUUCCAAAUCGCAGGAAAGGAUAAUUUCGACAAGACCUACCACUACUCCAAUAUAAAAAUGCAAAAGAUUUCCGCCGAAGGCAAAAGCAAAGUGCAGCUGCAAAUUAUUCUUCAAAAUGACGAAAGCUUCAAUUUCCAUUUUAUUAAUGCAAAGGGACAAGCAGAUCAGCUAAAAGACCGGAACUCCGUGAAAGAACUAUUGAUGCAGCUUUUGCCGAAAUUCAAGAGAAAAAUUAAUAAGGAACUGGAAGACAAAAAUAAGCUUCUAAGAGAGAACCCCCGCUUGUUCCAGCUUUAUAAAGAUCUUGUCGUAAACGGCCUUAUGACGGCGGACGAAUUCUGGGCGCAUAAUGCCGAUAAGCUGCGAAAUCUUACCGGAAACAGCGGUCAAGAUACCGGCAUUUCGGCUGCUUUUUUGGCGGAUGUUGUCCCGAAAGUUGACGGAACAAAUUCCAUGCGCUACAAUCUGACUCCGGAAAUUAUUCAGUCAAUUUUUAAGACUUAUCCUGCGGUCAAAAAGCGGCAUGCCGAGCUAGUUCCCGAUCAACUGACGGAACAAGACUUUUGGGUGCGUUUUUUCCAGUCGCAUUACUUUCACCGUGACCGCGCAGUCGACCGUGCAUCCGAUAAUAUUUUCGGCGAUGCUGCUGUAAUGGAGGAGAAAGAACUACUGGAAAGUUCGCGGCGAGGGAUCGAAGACAGUUCGGCAAACAUAAAAAGUUUAUCGGAUGGCACUUUAGACGAUGAAGAGGGCUUUGGUAUGAAUGUGUUCCGUCCUGAUACUAACGAAAUGGCGUCGGCGAAGAAUCAGAAGCGAUCUGUGAGUAUCUCGAGCGCUCAGCUGAUCCAGCGUUUCAACCAGCAUUCUACUCGUAUUUUAAACACAACCGAGGCGAGAAAAUCCACGCUGUUCUCAGCGGUUGAUAGUCAGCCUUCCACUCCCGGAAGUUCCAGUGUGAAUGUCAUGGAUGUGCGAGAGGAUACAUAUCUUCCGCCUAAAUUCGGGAGCACGGUCCAGAACGAAUUGGAAAUCCUUCAGAACGACACUGGUCCCAGUCGAGCCUCUUUGAAUCUGAAAAAAACUGACCGCUACCAUCGAGCACCGUCGAAAAAGCGCCCCCUUCCGGUGGACCGGCGUCAUGUUGAAAAGCGGCACGAAUCGUUGAAGGCCCAUGUUAGAGAUAUGACUAUCAAACGAAGAAUGGCUAUCUCAUCAAAAAUGGCCAUGCAAGCGCUUCAUGAUGUGGCUAACGAAAAAAAUCGCCGGCAAACCGGAAUAGAUUCUCAUCUUCCGGAACCGCUUCGAGAAGAAAUCCGGGGUGUAUACGCAUCGCUUGCAGAGAUCUUACGACAUUACUGGGCAUGUUAUCCUGUAACAGACAGAGCACUAGGAGAAAAGUUGGCCAGAAUGAAAAAGACCAUCGAGAAGUUUCAACAAGAGCGACUGAAGCCGCUUGCUGAAAGAGCCCAAACAGAAGGCUAUCCUCCGCAGAUACUGGUCCCGCUCUACGAAAUGAUUAAAGCUGCUGAUCUGCGAUAUGCUACACAAAUGAAGAAAAGUUCUUAGUGUGGGCAGAAUUGACAACUGUGAUGCUGAAUGAAGUCGUCGGCUUUCGAAUGGUGGACGUAAGCGUUUAGGCUGUUCAAACUGAUUCUCUUGUAUUAUUCCUUUUGCCUUUAAAGCUUUUUUGUUUUUUUAAAGUUUUUGUUAGAGAGUUUAGCUUUGAUGUUUCUUGGUCUUUGAAAAUUAUUGACAGAAACUACCCGACUUUUCGUCCACAAGGAAGAAAAACAUUUCCCAGAACAAAGAAUGGUAAACAUUGACUGUGCGAUGUCGCAAUACUGUACACUUGCGGAGUGUUAUUCCUUGACCUAUCAUUAACGA